CAAAGAAUUGUGAAAGGUCAAAGACUUAAAUUCGAAGGCGAUCAUUUCAGAUUGCGAGCUGAAGUGGAGUAAUCCGCAUUUCUAUCCUUGGUUACCAAUCUUUUUCACAAGCCGAUUUAGGACUGCGAAGCUAUCCACUUUCUUGCUCUUUGACCCGGUUUUGCUGAGAAACCGCAUAAGUUACAAGGAAUCCAGACUUUCGGAUUUCGAUCGCCAUCCCGCGCAUCAUGGCUCCAGUCCACAAAAUAGCAGUUAUUCAGUUGUACCCAAAGCCAUUGCAGCCCGAAGAGAACUUCAAGAAGGCCGAAAGCUUCAUCCGCAGCGCCGCAGAUCAGGGCGCGAAGCUUGCUGUCCUCCCGGAAUACCAUCUUACGAACUGGGUGCCCAGAGAGGAUGGCUUCAACGAGAUCUGCGAACGUUGGGAAGACUACUUGAAGCGCUAUCAGGCGCUCGCCAAGGAAUGUAAGAUAUGCAUCGUGCCAGGCACGAUCGUGGAACGCCAUCAGGAGAUCAAGACCGGUUCGGAGGAAGAUAAACUGCUGAAUGCGGCGUACUUCAUCGACGACACGGGCGCCGUCGUGGGCAAGUACGUGAAGAAAAAUCUGUGGCACCCAGAGCGCGAGCACCUGACCUCGUCCACGCACGAGGCACAUCAGGUCUUCGACACGCCCGUCGGCAAGGUCGGCAUCCUGAUUUGCUGGGAUCUCGCCUUUCCCGAAGCUUUUCGCGAACUCAUCGCUCAGGGCGCACAGUUGAUCAUUAUCCCUUGCUUCUGGACGCUGAAUGACUGCACCGACGAGGGGAAGGCGUACAAUCCGUCCUCUGAAGCGCUGUUCCUGGACAGCACGCUGACGGCAAGGUGUUUUGAGAACACCUGUGCCAUCGCCUUUGCGAACGCGGGAGGUCCAAUUGGGGAAGGCUAUGCUGGAUUGAGUCAGGUCGUUAUUCCCUUUGCAGGUCCUAUCGCCAAGCUGGGCGGAAACGAGGGAAUGGCGGUUGUGGAUUUGGACAUGGCGGUAUUGGACAUUGCGGAGAAGAACUACAAAGUCAGAGCUGAUCUGGCGAGAGAGGACUGGCAUUACACAUAUAGGCAUCAGCAAGGUUAAGCAGGGAAAAUGAUUACACGUUGAAAUAUGUAAGACUUCGUAUAGCCAGAGAACCCGCACAUAUACGACAAUCCAGAGCUUGUCUGUGCUUUCUGGCCUCUGCUAUUCAAAGGCGUCCCACGAAGCAGAAAGUUCCGAACCCACGAGAAUAUUGUAUCCAUUUCCCUAACUCGUGCUUGCUUGAACAGCAUAUGCUGUCCACGCCAUUUCCGAGUCUAGCCCAUCCAGUCGUCUUUCCGCGUAGUUAAAAAUAGAAAAAAACACGAACCCAC